UACACUGCUAAGAAACACGCUGGUAGUUCUUUCUUGGUGAACUAGAAGAUACUCCCGCCUCGAUUACAUCAGUUUGUGUGCCAUUUAAAUAAGUUUUAGGGCAACUUUAAACGCGCGCAAUGGCUGAGAAGAUAGACAUGGAAGGAGGGAAGGCAUCCAACGGCGAGGCGCACCUCGACGAGCCGCUGGCCAACGGGAUGAACGGUCCCAACAAGAGCAACCCGGAGCCUCUGUCCCAGCGGGUGCUGCGGAUCAUGAGGGCCAACCUGCUGGUGAUUCUCACCGUGGCCGGGGUCAUCGUCGGGGUUUUUAUCGGACUUGGCGUGCGCAACGCGACCCUGACGAGGACCCAGAUCAUUUACAUCGGCUUCCCUGGUGAACUGCUCAUCCGGCUGCUGAAGAUGAUCAUCAUCCCCCUGGUCGUGUGCAGCCUGGUGUCCGGGGCGGCCAGCAUCGACCCCAAAGCGCUGGGGAAGCUGGGCGGCUGGGCCAUGCUCUUCUUCCUGGUCACCACCUUGAUCGCGUCGUCCAUCGGGGUCGUGAUGGCUUUCAUCCUGACGCCGGGCUCCGUGGCCGUCAGCAAGCCUGCGAGCCUGGACGACGACGUGCCUGCUCAUAAAGAAGUCAUAGACUCCUUUUUAGACCUCAUAAGAAACAUCUUUCCCUCCAACCUGGUGUCUGCUGCCUUCCAGUCAUAUGCAACCUCCUACAAGCUGGUUAAGGUUAAUGGCACAGAUGGCAACCUCAAUAUCACGGUGGAGAAGGUGCCCUUUGGAAUAGACCAGGAUGGCAUGAACAUUCUUGGUCUGGUAGUGUUUGCCAUCGUGUUUGGCGUGGCUUUAAGGAAGCUGGGUGAGGAAGGAGAGAUCCUGAUCAAGUUCUUCAACUCCUUCAAUGAAGCCACCAUGGUGCUGGUCUCCUGGAUCAUGUGGUAUGCCCCUCUUGGUAUCAUGUUCCUUGUUGCCAGUAAGAUCGUGGAGAUGGAAGACGUCGGUAAACUGUUUGCCAGUCUGGGGAAAUACAUAGCCUGCUGCAUCAUUGGACACGCCAUCCAUGGUGCUCUGGUGCUGCCGGCCAUCUACUUCAUCUUUACGCGGAAGAACCCCUACACCUUCCUCUGGGGCAUAUUCACAGCUCUGGCUACAGCCUUUGGAACAAGCUCCAGCUCUGCCACUCUGCCCCUCAUGAUGAAGUGCGUGGAGGAAAAUAACGGCGUAUCCAAGCACAUCAGCCGUUUCAUCCUGCCCAUCGGAGCUACGGUCAACAUGGACGGAGCUGCUCUCUUCCAGUGCGUGGCUGCAGUUUUCAUCGCUCAGCUGAACAACACUCCCCUGAACUUCAUCCAAGUCAUUACCAUCCUUGUGACGGCGACGGCAUCCAGUGUUGGAGCAGCAGGUAUCCCAGCUGGUGGUGUGCUGACACUAGCUAUUAUCCUGGAAGCGAUAGGACUUCCCACCACCGACAUCUCUCUUAUCCUGGCCGUUGACUGGCUUGUCGACCGCACCUGCACCGUGUUGAACGUGGAGGGCGACGCUUUCGGCGCCGGGCUCUUGCAGCACUACGUGGACCGCACGUCCAAACAAGGAGACGGAAAUGAGCUGAGCGAGGUCCGGCUGGGCGACGAUUCUUUAGCCCCCGCACCCGAGCAUUCGCCGCUCAUCGACAAACGCGGCGGAAGGGCUUCCAGUGAAAAAGAAUCUGUUAUGUAAUCCAGUGACAUUAUCAAGAGUCCCCCCCUCCUCUCUCUCUCUCUCUCUCUCUCUCGCUCUUAUUUGACACUCCUGCAAGCUGAAACCUGAAGUUCAAGCCCCCCUGAAGAAAAGAGUGCAAGGAGACAUGCACACUGAAAUGCUAAUAAAAGCUCUCAUACAUCAAAACUUGUCUAAAAGGAAAGCUAAAAAAAAAAAAAAAAAAAAGUGGGAUUUUUAAAGUCCAUGUCGUGCACAGUGACUUUUAUUUUCGUUUUGAGGGACAGUAUUGUACAUUAGACUGGCUGCUAUGUUCACUCAAGUCUAGUGAUGCGUUGGGUUGGGCCUCAUCACCUUUGAAGUCAGAAUUUUAUCGUGUUGUACAUCUCUGGCGUUUUUUAGUCACUUCUUGGUUUGUCAUGUGACCAAUGUGUACAACCAAAAAAAAAAAAAACUGGACCAAUGACCUUCUGCAAUAUGUAGCAGCUAUGUUAUAAACACAAGUAUGCAUUAAUGUUGUAUUGAUUUUAAAUGGAGAAAUGGCAGUUACGGGAAUCCAUUGGUUUAUUGCUGAAGCUUUCCUACAUCACAUUAAUAUCACUGACCUGCACUUAGCAAAUCACGUUUUCCUUCUACGAAAACAGUAAAUAUUCUGACUUUAAAAGCUGACGAGGACCUCCACAUAGUUUGCUGCAGCCAGUCUGGCAGUUCUCACAUGCUCCAUCAGUCAUGUUACCUUUAAAAUGUUUUCGUCACUGUCACUUUUUUUUUUGGUGUUGUGUUCAGCUUCAUCAGAUUUUCGACAUUCUCGUGGAAAAUAACCAAUGAGGGUCAUAUCUUUUCUGAAAAUACUUGGAUCGUAGCAUACGUGCGUUUUGUUUUACGUGAUUAUAGCCACUUUCAUGCAGGUUUUUAUAUGUCUUGUAUUUGAUUUGUCAGAUAUAAAGCUAGAUUCCAUAUGUCCUGCAUGAAAAUGGCUGUGACCAUAUAUAACAUAAUGUACAUGCUUAGUUUGUAUUGUGUUUUUGUUUUUUUAAGUAGUGUUAAAGGCUUUUGUUAGUCUUUUAUUUUGUUUGUCGGUAUUCUAUACCAAUGUUUCUCAAUGCCUUUUCAUAGUGAGGAAAAGCAAUAUAGUUGCUCUGCAGAUUAUAUCCAUAUUCCAAAGCACACCAAAUGAAAUAUUAUCCUCAAUAACGUCCAAAGAGUGAAUGAAGGAAUUAUCUCAAGGAUUUUGACAACAUGCAUGGAAACACACACAUUGACUUCUGCCUCAGAUGGACGCAGUCAGGCGUUACAACCUCAGGUUUGACUUUUUUGCUUGAAGACUGUUCUUCAAGCUGCUCCUUAAAUACUCUGAGACCAAAUCACACUGACUCAGCAAACAAGAAGGAGACCAUUGAACUCCGGUGUGUAUUUUCUGGGAGGUGUGCAUUUUUUGAAAUCAUUAUUAUAGCCCUCGUUUUACUCGUGCUGUUGCGUCUGUGUAGGUUCCAACUUUUUAGUAAAGUACAAGUGGGUUUUAAAGCACAGCGUGUGAUAAGGACUGUUUGGUUGAUGUCGUGAAAUGUAUGGUACGGCUACAUGUUGAGUGCGUAACUAACAGAUUUCCUUCCACUACAAUGAUGUCUAUCUGAAGUCUGAACACCUAGAGAACUUAAGCCAAGAGGUGGGCACGUCUCAGCUUAUUUUGGUUUUGACUAAAAUUGCCAUUAACAUGAAAUUCUAGUUGCGUGGCCACUAGGCCUCUUUGUAUAUAUGAUAAUUAUUUGUUGUAAUUGAUAUUUAUUUCUCUAAUCAAAAUCCAAAGAGAUUUUUAGCCAUUUUUUUAAACAUGCUAGUACCUCCAAAUUGGCUCUUUUUUUUGCCCUUUUCAAGUCUUUUUGUAAAAACUGGUUGGUGGUAGAUUUUCUUUUUUUUUUUUUUACUGUUCAUGUUCUUUUUCUCAGCCUUGUUUUCAACUCAUGGGUUACAGUCUAAGUUAUAUUUAUAUACGUUGCUUCCAUUUGAUGAAUAUAUUUCUGUGGCCAAGACUUGAGACUUUGGAGAGUGUGUGGUGGAGCAUUAAUGAGAUGACUUGUGUUGGUUCAUACCUUUAAGAUGAUACUGUCUAUUUUCAGAUGCAACAAAGUUACACUAUUAACUGUUAUGUUUCCAUCCAUAUCGCCAAAAACUGUAAAGAAGGAAUGAGUGGGGAAUAUACUACUGUUAUAUACAAAAUUUCCUUUGCCAGCUUUAUACUGAACUAGCUUUGCAGUAUUUGCCAUGCGGACAUUGAUGAAUUCAUUACAGGCCUGAGGUCUCAUCAUUUCUGUCAAGUCUUAUCAGGAAGUGCUUCAGCAACAAGCACUGCCUCACAACAGCUGAUGUGCUUUGCUUCCUUUCUGCUUUGUUUUUUUGGUGCAAGGUUGUACAGAUUUUUAUCAUUCCUUUCUGAAAUCUUACACCACGUGGCUGUCUGGUACAAUCAUAGCAUUUGUGUUGAGCGUUUGCACAUGGUAGAUGUAAUGAUUUUAUUACAGUGGGGCUAUGUUUCAAAAAUAUAAAUUCCCGGUUACCAUCUGAAUGUACUGUCGAUAGGUUUUAAACAUUAAAGGCCUUUUUUUUUUUU